AUGAAGACCUCUUUCAUCUUGACCUCCCUUGCUGCUGCCUUGAGCGCCUCUGCUCAGUUGGUUACCUUUGGCGUCGUGGACGAGAAGAACAAUAACCUUGGAUUGCCCAACAAUCUUCACUCUGGCGCUGGAUUCGACUUUUAUUUUGUCGGUGCCAACCAAGAAAUUCUGCAAUACAACAUUGACAACAAUGGUGUUGCCACGCUCAAUGUGAACUACGAAUACCCAUUCCAUGUCGGUGCUUUCGAGAACUACUUCGCUGUUGGACCAGCGGUCACUCCUGCAAACCUUGAAAUUGUUGACAACAAAAUCACUAACUGGAACUUUUGGGCAUGCUACGAUACUAGUGACCCAUACAACUACUCUGCUAAGAACAGAGCUAUUGUGGUGAACGAGAAGGGUAACUCGACUGCACCAGGCAGCCAGUGUAUCCCAGUUUUCAUCACUGUCCUGGAUGUUGUUUACUAA